AGGCUGGUCUCAAACUCCUAGGCUCAAGCCAGUCCUCCGGCCUCCGCCUCCUAAAUGCUGGGAUUACAGGAUGAGCCACAGCACCUGGCCUGAGCUAUAUAUUUUUUACUGGGAGAAGGGAUCAGGAAGGCCUCUUUGAGGAGAUGCUCUCUGAGGAAUGAUCUGGAAGGAGGUGAGGGAAGCGGGGAAGGGUGCUGGAGGCAAAGGCCACCACCCACAGGAAGCCCUGAGGCGGCAAGUGGGGGCUCAGCAGCCACAGUCACAUGUAUUUUCGAGGGACUCCUCCGUCCUGGCAUGUUGCAGGAGCUGUGAAGAGCCCCGUGGCUGGAUCAGAGUGAGGAGAGGAGAGCAGGGUGGAGAAGGGGGCAAGGCAGGUGAUACGGGGCCUAGUGCGCUGCAGGGAGGGGACUUGGGCUUCUACCCUGGGAAGGUGGGAGCUACAGAGGGUGGUAGGCAGAGGAGGGGCAGGUCCUGGCUGCAAUGUUAAUGGUCCCUUUUGUUUGUUCUCCCCACACACUGGGCUGUGGCCACCCUUUGGGAGGGGGAGGGGCACCCAGAGCUUUCCCAGCCAUCCUCAGAGAGCACCGGCUGGGAGGAGAGGCUGGGGGACAACCCCUCUUCUGUUCCCCCACUGUUUGUCAAAGACAGUGUCGGCUCCAAGGAGACAGAUGGCCUGGGAAUCAUCAGAUCCUGUGGCUGGACCCUCCCUCCUCCCAGCCUGGUGCCCAGAGUCACCCAUGGGGUGUGCCCUCCUGCCCCCAAUAGCACAGGGCUAGGAACCCUGCCUCAAGGGCAGGCAGGAGGGGGACACAGCCCAGGGUGGGCAUCAUGGCCAUUCCUCUGCCCGCCCACCCACAGUCAGGCCAGCACAUAAGUUGGCUUCAGCAUGCAGGUUCCGGGUCAGGGUUUGAACCCGGUCCUCACCAUUUACAAGCACAGGGCGCCUUCUCCAGGAAGCCUCCCUGGGUUUUCCCAAGCCCCCCAGGACGGGUUUCCAUUCCCAGGGUGCCCCCCAGCUCAGCUGUUGCUCCAUCUUGGUCUGCAUUUUGGUCCAAGUUCCUUUCGGAGAGUGAUGGGUUCCCCUCCACACUGAGGACACCCCCCGUUUCUUGCUAAGACCCCGAGACCCCGCUUCUGCCUGGGUAGUGCGAAGGCAGUGUUUGUUCAGUCCAUGACCUCAUCUCGGGCUCAUAACCACUCUGUUGCUCCAUUGAACCAAACAUGUAUUAAGCACCGAAUGUAUGCUGGGCACUAUUCAAGAUGUGGGGCAGAGGACACCAUAUGGGAACCUGGAGGGGAGCAUUUCAGGCAGAGGGAACGGCCCACGUGGAGGCCCUGAGGCAGAUCCAGGCCUGGUGUGCUGGAGGCAUGGCGAGGAGGCCCGUGUGGCUGGGAUGAAGUGAGAGGAGGAGGAACCUGGGAGAGACGAGAGUGGGGAGGAAGCUGGAUGUUAUGGGACACAGUGCAGAGUAUGAGAGGAAACUGAGGCACAAAGAUGGUACUUGGCCAGGGCAUCCUGGCAUAGCAGGGAUCUGAACUACACCCAUCUUGUGGAUGGAACUAGAGGCCAGAUGACACACAGGCAGUCCCUCGGGGGCCCAGGAAGGGAGCCCAGCUGGCCCGUGAGUCACUCAGCCUGGUACAAGUCAUGGGCAGGGAACAGGGGAAAGGUGCUGGGCCCGAGGCCCACGCUGGGUUGGGCAGGUGGCCACGUGACCACCCAGGCCGCCUCCCCCGGGCUCAUUGGCUGCCUGCCCCUGCCAGCUGGGCCUGCGCCUGCCCCAGACCCUAUAAGGCCAGGGAGCCGAGGGUAGAGCCAGCUGCCAGCUGGGCCAGUCCGUCCUCUGUAGGACCCUGAGCAGUCCAGGUGAGCGGGGCUGUAGCUGCCUCAGUGACACCAGGGUGAGGCCAGGCCUGCAGCUUCUCACGCUCUCACUAUGUCUGCUCCGGAUGAAGGGAGCCAGGGUCCCCCCAAACCCAAGGGCAAGACCCUGGGCAGCUUCUUUGGGUCCCUGCCUGGCUUCAGCUCUGCCCGGAACCUGAUGGCCAACGCACACAGCUCAGUGAGAGCCCGGUCAGCCGCGGACCCUGUGGGAGCUCCUACUGCCAAGGCUGCCCAACCACAGGCUCAAGUAGCUGCCCACCCAGAGCAGACGGCUCAAUGGACGGAGGAGCUGAAGCCUUCGGGAAAGCAGGUGGUGUCCGGGGCCAAAGACCUGGUGUGUUCCAAGAUGUCCAGGGCCAAGGACACUGUCUCCUCUGGGGUGGCCAGUGUGGUGGACGCGGCUAAGGGAGUGGUCCAGGGAGGGCUGGACACCACCCGGUCUGCACUGACAGGCACCAAGGAGGUGGUGUUCAGUGGGGUCACGGGGGCUGUGGAUGUGGCUAAGGGCGCAGUCCAAGGGGGCCUGGACACCUCGAAGGCUGUCCUCACUGGCACCAAGGACACGGUGUCUGCUGGGCUCACAGGGGCAGUGAAUGUGGCCAAAGGGACUGUCCAGACCGGGGUGGACACCUCCAAGACUGUGCUGACCGGCACCAAGGACACCGUCUGCAGUGGGGUGACCGGUGCUGUCAAUGUGGCCAAAGGGACUGUCCAAGGGGGCCUGGACAUGACACAGUCUGUCCUGACUGGCACUAAAGACGCUGUGUCCACGGGAGUCGCUGGGGCAGUGAACUUGGCCAAAGAAACCAUUCAGACCGGCGUGGACAAAAGUAAGACUGUGCUGACCGGCACCAAGGACACCGUCUGCAGUGGGGUGACUGGCGCCAUGACCAUGGCCAAAGGGGCCGUCCAGACAGGCGUGGACACCACCAAGACCGUCCUAACUGGUACCAAAGACACUGUCUGCAGUGGGGUGAGCGGUGCCAUGAACGUGGCCAAGGGGGCCGUCCAAGGGGGCCUGGACACCACCAAGUCUGUGGUCAUGGGUACGAAAGACACAGUGUCCACCGGGCUCACAGGAGCAGCAAACGUGGCCAAGGGGGCCAUGCAAACUGGACUCAAUACAACCCAAAAUAUCGCAGCAGGUACCAAGGACACCGUCUGUAGUGGGGUGACUGGUGCCGUGAACUUGGCCAAAGGGGCCGUCCAGACAGGCGUGGACACCACCAAGACCGUCCUAACCGGUACCAAGGAUACCGUCUGCAGUGGGGUGAGCGGUGCCGUGAACGUGGCCAAAGGGGCUGUCCAGACAGGCGUGGACACCACCAAGACCGUCCUAACCGGUACCAAGGACACCGUCUGCAGUGGGGUGACCGGUGCCGUGAAUGUGGCCAAAGGGGCUGUGCAAACCGGACUGAAAACGAUCCAAAAUAUCGCGACAGGUACAAAGAACACCGUUGGCAGUGGAGUGACCGGUGCCGUCAACGUGGCCAAGGCGGCCGUCCAGACGGGUGUAGACACGACCAAGACCGUGCUGACCGGCACCAAGGACACAGUGACUACUGGCCUCAUGGGGGCGGUGAAUGUCGCCAAAGGGACUGUCCAGACUGGCGUGGACACCUCCAAGAUUGUGCUGACUGGCACCAAAGAUGCUGUGUCCACUGGGCUCGCAGGGGCCGUGAAUGUGGCCAAAGGGACCGUCCGGACCGGCAUGGACACCACCAAGACUGUCUUAACCGGUACCAAGGACACUGUCUGCAGUGGGGUGAGCGGUACUGUGAACAUGGCCAAGGGGGCUGUCGAGGGGGGCCUGGACACCACCAAGUCUGUGGUCAUGGGUACGAAAGACACAGUGUCCACCGGGCUCAUGGGGGCAGCGAACGUGGCCAAGGGGGCCAUGCAAACUGGACUCAACACAACCCAAACUAUCGCAGCAGGUACCAAGGACACCGUCUGCAGUGGGGUGACCGGUGCCGUGAACGUGGCCAAAGGGGCCGUCCAGACAGGUGUAGACACAGCCAAGACCGUCCUAACCGGUACCAAGGACACCGUCUGCAGUGGGGUGACCGGUGCCGUGAACGUGGCCAAAGGGACCGUCCAGACAGGUGUAGACACAGCCAAGACCGUGCUGACCGGCACCAAGGACACAGUGACUACUGGGCUCAUGGGGGCAGUGAAUGUUGCUAAAGGGACUGUCCAGACCGGCGUGGACACCUCCAAGACCGUGCUAACUGGUACCAAAAACACGGUCUGCAGUGGGGUGACCGGUGCCAUGAACUUGGCCAAAGGAACCAUUCAUACUGGCAUGGACACCACCAAGACUGUCCUAACUGGUACCAAAGACACUGUCUGCAGUGGGGUAACCGGUGCCGUGAACAUGGCCAAGGGGGCCGUCCAGGGGGGCCUGGACACCACCAAGUCUGUGGUCCUGGGUACGAAAGACACAGUGUCCACCGGGCUCAUGGGGGCAGCAAACGUGGCCAAGGGGGUCAUGCAAACUGGACUCACCACAACCCAAACUAUCGCAGCAGGUACCAAGGACACCGUCUGUAGCGGGGUAAGUGGUGCCAUGAACGUGGCCAAAGGGGCCGUCCAGACAGGCGUGGACACCACCAAGACUGUCCUAACCGGUACCAAGGACACCGUCUGCAGUGGGGUGAGCAGUGCCGUGAAUGUGGCCAAAGGGGCUGUGCAAACCGGACUGAAAACGACCCAAAAUAUCGCGACAAGUACAAAGAACACCGUUGGCAAUGGAGUGACCGGUGCUGUCAACGUGGCCAAGGGGGCCGUCCAGACGGGUGUAGACACGACCAAGACCGUGCUGACCGGUACCAAGGACACAGUGACUACUGGCCUCAUGGGGGCGGUGAAUGUCGCCAAAGGGACUGUCCAGACUGGCGUGGACACCUCCAAGACCGUGCUGACUGGCACCAAAGAUGCUGUGUCCACUGGGCUCACAGGGGCCGUGAAUGUGGCCAAAGGGACCAUCCAGACCGGCAUGGACACCACCAAGACCAUCCUAACUGGUACCAAGGACACUGUCUGCAGUGGGGUGACCGGUGCCGUGAACAUGGCCAAGGGGGCUGUCGAGGGGGGCCUGGACACCACCAAGUCUGUGGUCAUGGGUACGAAAGACACAGUGUCCACCGGGCUCACGGGGGCAGCGAACGUGGCCAAGGGGGCCAUGCAAACUGGACUCAACACGACCCAAACUCUCGCAGCAGGUACCAAGGACACCGUCUGCAGUGGGGUGACCGGUGCCGUGAACAUGGCCAAAGGGACCGUCCAGACAGGUGUAGACACAGCCAAGACCGUGCUGACCGGCACCAAGGACACAGUGACUACUGGCCUCAUGGGGGCAGUGAAUGUUGCUAAAGGGACUGUCCAGACCGGCGUGGACACCUCCAAGACCGUGCUAACUGGUACCAAAAACACGGUCUGCAGUGGGGUGACCGGUGCCAUGAACUUGGCCAAAGGAACCAUUCAUACUGGCAUGGACACCACCAAGACCGUCCUAACUGGUACCAAAGACACUGUCUGCAGUGGGGUAACCGGUGCCGUGAACAUGGCCAAGGGGGCAGUCCAGGGGGGCCUGGACACCACCAAGUCUGUGGUCCUGGGUACGAAAGACACAGUGUCCACCGGGCUCACAGGAGCAGCAAACGUGGCCAAGGGGGCCAUGCAAACUGGACUCAAUACAACCCAAACUAUCGCAGCAGGUACCAAGGACACCGUCUGUAGUGGGGUGACCGGUGCCGUGAACGUGGCCAAAGGGGCCGUCCAGACAGGCAUGGACACCACCAAGACCGUCCUAACCGGUACCAAGGACACCGUCUGCAGUGGGGUGACCGGUGCCAUGAAUGUGGCCAAAGGGGCUGUGCAAACCGGACUGAAAACGACCCAAAAUAUCGCGACAGGUACAAAGAACACCGUUGGCAGUGGAGUGACCGGUGCCGUCAACGUGGCCAAGGGGGCCGUCCAGACGGGUGUAGACACGACCAAGACCGUGCUGACCGGCACCAAGGACACAGUGACUACUGGCCUCAUGGGGGCGGUGAAUGUCGCCAAAGGGACUGUCCAGACUGGCGUGGACACCUCCAAGACCGUGCUGACUGGCACCAAAGAUGCUGUGUCCACUGGGCUCACAGGGGCCGUGAAUGUGGCCAAAGGGACCAUCCGGACCGGCAUCGACACCACUAAGACCGUCCUAACUGGUACCAAGGACACUGUCUGCAGUGGGGUGACCGGUGCCAUGAACAUGGCCAAAGGGGCCGUCCAGACAGGUGUGGACACCACCAAGACCGUCCUAACUGGUACCAAGGACACAGUCUGCAGUGGGGUUACCGGUGCCACCAGUGUGGCCAAAGGGGCUGUCGAGGGGGCCCUGGACACAACAAAGUCUGUCCUGACUGGCACUAAAGACGCUGUGUCCACUGGGCUCACAGGGGCAGUGAACUUGGCCAAAGGGACUGUCCAGACUGGUGUGGACACCUCCAAGACUGUGGUCACGGGUACCAAGGACACCAUCUGCACUGGGGUCACUGGUGCUGUGAGCAUGGCCAAAGGGGCCAUCCAGGGGGGCCUGGACACCACCAAGACGGUGCUGACCGGAACCAAAGACGCAGUGUCCACUGGGCUCAUGGGGUCAGGGAAUGUGGUGACAGGGGCCAUCCACACUGGCCUCAGCACCUUCCAAAAUUGGCUGCCUAGUACCCAGACCACCUCCUGGGGUGGACUCACCAGUUCCAGGACCACGGACAGUGGUGGGGAGCAGACUGCCCCGAGCCCCGGAGAGGCCCAGUUCUCUGGCGUUUCCAGGCCCCCAGAUGUGCUCACAGAAGGCUUGGAGCCUGCCUGGGAAGCCACAGCCACUGCCGAGGGCCUUGCACCUGAUGUGGCCACGUUCACCCAAGGGGCCGCCCCAGGCAGGGAUGACACGGGGCCCUUGGCCACCACACACGGCCCCGAAGAAGCCCUGCACUUGGCAAUGCUGCAAGAUGAGUUGGAGGGGCUAGGUGACAUCUUCUACCCCAUGAAUGCGGAAGAGCAAGCUCAGCUGGCUGCCUCCCAGCCCGGGCCAAAGGUGCUGUCAGCCGAACAGGGGAGCUACUUUGUUCGUUUGGGUGACCUGGCUCCCAGCUUCCGCCAGCGGGCAUUUGAACACGCAGUGAGCCACCUGCAGCAUGGCCAGUUCCAAGCCAGGGACACUCUGGCCCAGCUCCACGACUGCUUCAAGCUGGCCACAGGACAUGCUGAAGCCAGGACUCUAUUCAGAAGGCCCAGCCGCCUCCGGAAGGGCAGCCGUGUUUGGACCAGGGCUCCGGUGCCAGCAUGGAGGAUGCUGCUGUCCAGGAGGUGGGUCUGGCACAGGGCUGGGGUCCCCCCACCCUGCCCGUGGGUCUCCACUCACCUUGCACCGUCCUCCCACAGGAGCAGGAUCCUGGGGCUCUGUCCAGGGUCUGCAGCCUCCUCCCGCAGCUGCACCGGGCUUACAGCGGCCUGGCCUCCAGCCUCCAGGGCCUGCCCGCCGAGCUCCAGCAGCCAGUGGGGCGGGCGAGGCACAGCCUCUGCGAGCUCUACAGCGUGGUGGCCUCGGCGGGCUCUCUAAAGGAGCUGCACGCAGAGCACCUGGGACAGAGCCUUGAGGAUGUGCAGAAGGCGUGGCAGGGGCUGGAGCAGCUACUGGAGGGUGUGCAGCACAACCCCCCACUCAGCUGGCUGGUGGGGCCCUUCGCCUUGCCCCCUGGCGGGCAGCAGCUGUAGGAGCCUGCAGGCCCCACGUUGGGCCACCCAGCUCUGCCUAGGGUGGAUCCGCCUCAGAACCUUCUCCCCAGCCCUAGACCCUCGGGGCUGCAGCUGGCUGGGCACUAAAGGGCUGUGGAGGGUCACCUGAGCUGAGCCACCCUUGCCCUGCUCCAGGCUGCCCACACCUUCCACCUCCUGUCCAGUAAUGCCAGCCCCGUUCCCAGCCUAGGAGCCCAGCGUCACUCACAGUUCCAGCCAAGAGCCUUCCCUCGGAGGCCUGGAGCGGGUACGGCAAUUAGAAAAGAGAAAGUGCGCAGAGCCUAGGAUUGCAUCCCUUUGCCCCCAGCAAUGCUUUUAUAUCUAGGGGGGCUCUUGCGGCCCCCCGCCAGCUACCAGCGGCUCGUGCACUGCUGUGGCCGCACUCUGUCCCUGCACUCAAAGCAGGUCCUCAGACCUUAGCACACCUUGAGGGUCUUAACCACAUUCCCUGGUACUAGAAGAUACUAGAAAAUGCCAAAAUGCCACCGUCAUCCCAAGGCAGGCUACUACUGUCUCUGUUGACCCCCGGUGUGGCCUCAUGACAGGGACAAAGCUGCUAGGAAACACAGCAGCCAGAAUGGGGGCUUUGCACCGGCCUGACUUGGGAUUGUGUGAUUUGCAGGGCAUGGGGGGGAUGCAAAAACCAGCAAACAGGCUGCCCCUGCCCCAAGGCUCCUGCCCCUGCCCCUGCCCAUGCCCCAAGGCUCCUGCCCCUGCCCCAAGGCUCCUGGGGAGGCUGGGCCCAGCAGCUGCCACUGGAGAACACAGACAAAGUGUUUCCCAGCCAGGACCAGCUGUGGAGGCCGUGUGCUGGUGGUGCAGCCCCUCGUCCCUGUACACUCCCCGCAGGGCUUCAGGGCAGCAUAAGCACUGGGCUGCAGAGGAAGCGGGGCCAGGGAAGCUGAGGGUAUCAGAGACACUGGCGGCGGCAGACCCACCUGCCUGGCAAGCUGCCCGACCCUGGGCUCGCCGGCUGGCACAGGCCAUGAAGGCUGGCAGGCUCGGCCCGGGUGGGGUGUGAGAAGCGCCCUGUGCUGCGCUCAGUCCCGUAGGGAGGAGCCAUUCAGCCCGGCCUCCCCAGGAAGCCGCAGCCCCACUCACCAACUCUGUAAGAGAACUCUCCCUUCUGCCCUCUGCAAAUCACGCAGUCCCAAGUCCAGGAACCCCAGACCUGGGGGGAGGCAGGAUGGCGGGACUGCUGGCCCCCAGGGGUCACUGUGCGUACCAAAGGCCAUGGCAUUCGGCUCAGCUCUGAACGGGGGAAGCUGGCACGGCAGAAACAGCCCCAAGUCCCAUGAGAGGAUCAGGAGCCGCCUUCAGCCUUCCCUCCUCAGCCUCUGACACCCAUGGCCAUGGGAGGCCAGGAUGCCGGGCACAGCUGUUUGCAGCCAUCAGGCACAGUGACUGGCGCUAACAUCCGGCCCACCAAGCCUGGAGCCAGGGCAGGGGCAGUCCCUUCCUGCCGCACCACUGCCUGAUUCUUGCUGGGACGGAGGCGACUCGGCCACUGUGAGCAGGAGCACAAACACGAGAAGCCACUGUGGAAUGAGCAACUUCGGUGCAUGGUGGGACCGGCCGUGCCCACAUGACAGCCCCUUAGGCAGAGGAAGAUUUGUCCAAAGUCACACAGCGUGAGUGACACAGCCGUGGUGAGUCGAAGCUGGCCCCCAAGGCCCACACACCCUGAACGCUGGAGACCAUGGACUCCUAGCAGUGGCUCUUAAGGAAGGCAUGGUUUCUGCCUUCUCUACCCCUGCCCUGCUCACGGUGGGGUGGGGGUGGGGGUGGGGCAGGGGGUGGGGGUGGCACAAGGCUGAGAGGCCCUGGUUUCUCCCUCUUGGCUGCUGGGAAGGGCUUGCUACCCACCCCCCACCACCACCACUGGCCUUCCGGGAUGGGGCUGGGCCGGGUGGGCCCAGAGCACCUUUCAGUUGCUUCACACGGUGGCCCGAUGGCUCAACCCAGUCCCCAAACAGGCGCAGUGAUGUUGCCAACUGCUCCCACACUUGGGCCCCUGCUGCACCAGCACUGCUAGAAAACCAAAGCCAAUAAAAAUGAUUUCUGUUUCAUUAAAAAA